AUGCACCCAAGGUGCGUCCCAAUCUCGCGAACAUGCGACGGCGUGCAGGAUUGCCCUGGCGGAGAGGAUGAGGAAGGCUGUCCGUCCUUGCCAGAGUCAGACGACAGCAACUCCUCUGAGAAUGCGACCUGGGUGGCUGCGGUGGGUCUCCUAGAUCAGAACUUCGCUAGACUGGGUGAUUGCCACGCAAGUUAUGGCAUUCUCCGCUUGAUCGAUGAUCGAUGCAGAAGCAUUGAGGGUGCCAUCGAAGCAGAGCGAACCAGUGCUAUCAACAACCGUGGUGACAGGCAACGAUACUUCCACAGUGGCGCGGACACCAUACUCAAAAUGGGAGACUCUGACCCUCACCUUGCCCAGAUCUGGGGGUCUCAGGUCUUCUUCGACUCCACAGAGAUCAAGUGCGCGAAGCUGGCGCAGCCGGACGGCGUGGUCACGCCGGAAGUUCAGCUGAUGGCUUGUUCGCUGGAGGCAGUCACUCCUCAGGUGCUGGACGUGGCCAAGGCAAACGGCAGCAACGUGCCUUCGCCCCUUCGAAAGCCAUCUUCAAACUGUGUGUACAUGGCGACAAUCAAGACCAACGCUACUCCAAUCGACGUGGGGAAUCCGACCUUCAUGCGGACGGAGGUGGACAAUGCCAAUGGCCAGGUUUCCUUCGGCGCCCUGCGCUGUGCCGUGGGGCCCAACCUGAAGAAUCACGAGAUCAUUGGCUUGGCGACGGCAGAGAUGGCGUACAAUGCGGACAACACUUCCAAAGUAGUGAAGUGCUACUGCAUGCAGCGCAUGUACCUCGAGCCAGAGGUGUUCUUGGCGCUCGCUGCAACGGACAAGCGGGCUACGAUGUGCGCAGAGUACAUCGGCAUCUCGCAGGGCAACUAUCACCGAUCCUGGAUACGUGUCGGCAUCAUCGUCCUCUUUAACGAGCUUUUUGAGGCGCUUAUACGCGGGACCUCCACUUCCGUGCGCUACAAGGAUGAGACUACGAGGCUCGUGCGACACUUCAGGAACCUUUUCUGGUUUUGGUUGCUGAACUCUGCCCUGAUCCCGGCCUUCGUUAGCUGCACCAUCCCAGCCUUCUGGGGUUGGCUCCUUCGAACCCUGGAGAUUGAGGGCACGGACGUAGGUGGAAUGUCCAUGCGGGAAUGGCAUGGUUGGGUGGGAUGCGUCAUCACACUCGUCAUGGGCAUCCGCGUGGUGAUCCCUCAGGUGCCCGACCUGGUGGCAAUCGGGUGCCGUCGCUGCAGCCGCUGGCGCAAGGCCCGAAAGACGAUCGGCCAGGAGGACCUGAAGAACCUCUACGUGAAUCCAGAGUUCCGGCUGGCAGAAGGUUUCGCAGAGACUGCGGUCACUGCGAGCCUUGCCAUGAUCUUCGGCCCGGCGCUACCGCUGCUGAAUGUUCUCGCUGCUGCUUCUUGCUUCACCCGUUAUUUGGUCGACUGGUACGUGUUCCUACGCCACUCCCGACGACCUCCCAUGUUCGACGAGACGAUUGCGCGUGUAUGCGUGGACCAUUUGCUGCUCGGAUUGGUUCUCCGCUCCGCUGCCAGCAUCCUGGUGUGGGUGGAUCCGAUCCUCUUCGUGUCAGAUGUGGCAGGAUGCAGCUUUUCUGAAGACGAUGUCAACACCUUCAGGGAAAAGUACUUCAUGGAGAACUUCCGGAUGUUCGAGCUGUUCGUCAACCCAACCUGCAAUCCGACGGCUUGGUUCUUCGGCUUCCUCCCGGGACUCUCCGCGGUCGGCUGCCUGCUGGUUUUGCCCAACCUCACCAUCUUGAGGUCGCUGUUGCUCGUGCUGUGCAGACGGUGCAGGUCAAAGACCGGCUACCUCUACGAUGACGUCGUCCAGGCACGGAUGCAGCGCAAGCUGGUGCCUUCCUAUCAGCCCAGAGUCCAUCCAGCAUACCAGUCUGCCUUCAAGCUGAUGGACUUGACUGCCAACUUCAAUGAGCAGGGGCUCAGUGAUAGCUCGGAAAGUCGAGCUUCGACGGACCUGGCAUCAGAAGAAGGCGAGGAGCAGGAAGACAACACUCUGGCGGCGAGCAUCUUCGGGAAGGAGUAUGAGAGCAUGGAGUACUUCCAGCGAGAGAAAGCUGAGAAGAAAGCGAGGAAGAAGGAGAAGAAGGAGAAGGGCGGGGGAGACGAGAAGAAGCAUAAGAAGAGAAGGAAGAGCAAGAGCACAGACCCCUUCAUGGAUGACGAGGUCAAUCCGUACGAUGCCGGCGCAAAUGACAAGCACAAGAAGAAGAAAAAGAAGGAUAAAGGGAGCAAGAAGGACGAGGCACAGUUUUCUGAAGCAAAGGAUCUGGCCGGCAUUAUCGACUUCUGA